AUGCAGACGUUCGGCAUCAGGGACGUCGGUGGCACACCCUCCGAGCAACCCGCAUCGGUGGCAGCUGACGACGCCCCGAUCGAUAUUGUGCCGGAGGCUGCGGUGGUGCAGCCGUCUGUGUCCGUGACAGCUGAGGAGAGACCGAAGCAGACUGACGGUGAGAUCGCUGAGGGCGUUCCGUCGAGUACCCGUGAAGAUGUGGAUGCCACUGAGGAGGCGCCGGUGGCGGCGGGGUCAGUGUCGGCGCUGGUAUCGGCGCUCGAGGAGAGUUCGGCGGCACCAUCGGCGGAAGAGGCGGCCGCCCCAGUCUUGGACGAGGCUGUGGUGGACGUGGCGACGCCGGUGUCAGAGGUGGGCGAGGUAGCGGCGACGUCAUCUGGUACUGAUGCAGAGGAGGCAGACCCGUCUAUUCCACCGCUGGUGGACGAUUUGUCUCCAGCGGGAGCGGAGGAAGCAGAGGUGGCGGAGUGGGAUGGUGCGGCCGAGGAGCCGAUCGAGGCGAGUGUGAUUAGGCCGGUACGAAGAAUGCAGACGUUCGGCAUCAGGGACGUCGGUGGCACACCCUCCGAGCAACCCGCAUCGGUGGCAGCUGACGACGCCCCGAUCGAUAUUGUGCCGGAGGCUGCGGUGGUGCAGCCGUCUGUGUCCGUGACAGCUGAGGAGAGACCGAAGCAGACUGACGGUGAGAUCGCUGAGGACGUUCCGUCGAUUACCGGUGAAGAUGUGGAUGCCACUGAGGAGGCGCCGGUGGCGGCGGGUUCAGUGUCGGCGCUGGUAUCGGCGCUCGAGGAGAGUUCGGCGGCACCAUCGGCGGAAGAGGCGGCCGCCCCAGUCUUGGACGAGGUACUGCCGUCAGCCACCGACGACUGUUCUCCUACAGCUCCUGCAGAGGCGACGGGGGUUGUAGACGAUGCAUCCCUGGUUGUUGAAUCGGCCACCGUAGACCCUGCCGUAUCCGUGGAGGACCCUGCGGCUGUGGCGUCGAGCUUACCAGCACCAUCUUCGACCGUCGUAGGCGAGGAACCCGAACCGGCGGUUACAGACGUGGUCCCGCCGAGUGUGGAAGCCGACGACGUGCCAUCUUCGGCGUCGGGUGCGGAGGCGUCUGCUGCCGCCGUGGAGGAGCGGGUAUUGUCUGGCCCGGGGGACGUUGUACCGGAGGCUUUGGUGGACGUGGCGACACCGGUGUUGCAAGUCGAGCCGGUGUCAGAGGUAGGCGAGGUAGCGGCGACGUCGUCCGGUGCUGACGAUGACGACGCUGACCCAUCUAUGGCAGUGCUCGUGGACGAUUUGUCGCAGGCGGCAGAGGCGGCGGCGGAACUGGAUGGUGGUGCGGUCGAGGCGCCAAUCGAGGCGAGUGACGUUGGCAGCAUACCCUCAGAGGAACCCGCGUCGUUGGCAGCAAACGACGCCCCGAUGGAUGCCGUUCCGGGGGUUGCUGUGGCGGAGCCGUCUGUGCUUGUGACGGCUCAGGAGACACCGAAGCAGGCAGACGACGAGACCGUCGGGGACGUUUCGUCGAGUACCGGUGAAGAGGUAGAUAGCACCUCGAAGACGCCGGUGUCGGCGGGGUCGAUAUCCACGCUGGUAUCGGCGCUCGAGGCGAGUUCAGCAGCACCAUCGGGGGAAAAGCUGCCCCGUAUAGCCUUGCAUGAGGUACUGCCGUCGGUCACCGACGACCGUCAUCCUACAGCUCCUAUGGAGACGACGUCCGUUAUAGACGAUGCACCCGUGGUGGUGGAGUCGGCCACCGUAGACCCUGCCGUAUCCGUGGAGGACCCUACGGCCAUGGCGUCGAGCGUACCAGCACCAUCUCCGACCGUCGUGGACGAGGUACCCCAACCGGCGGUGACGGACGUGGUCCCAUCGAGAGUGGAAGCCGACGACGUGCCAUCUUCGGGAGUAGUUAAAGGGGCUAAUGCUGUCACCGUGGAGGAGUUGGUGCUAUCUGGCCCGGGUGAUGUAGUGCCGGAGGCUGUGGUGGACGUGGCGACGCCGGUGUCGGAAGUCGAGCCGGUGUCAGAGGUGGGCGAGGUAGCGGCGACGUCGACUGGUACUGAUGCAGAGGAGGAAGACCCGUCUAUUCCACCGCUGGUGGACGAUUUGUCUCCAGCGGGAGCGGAGGAAGCAGAGGUGGCGGAGUUGGAUGGUGGUGCGGUCGAAGCGCCGAUCGAGGCGAGUGACGUCGAUGGUGCACCCGCCGAUCAACCUACAUCGGUGACGGUCGAAGAUUCGCCGAUCGAUGUUGUCCCUGUGACUGUGGAGGAGCUGUCUGUGUCCGCGACGACUGAGGAGAGACCGAAGCAGGCAGACGGCGAGACCGCCGGGGACGUUCCGUCGAGUACAGGUGAAGAUGUGGUCGCCACUGAGGAAGCGCCGGUGUCGGCGGGGUUGGUGUCCGCGCUGGUAUCGACGAUCAAGGGGAUUAUCGCGGCGCCAUCGAAGGAAGAGGCGGCCGCUCCAGUCGUGGAUGAGGUGCUACCCUCGGCCACCGACGACGCUGCUACAACAGCUCCUGCGAAGGCGACGUCCGUUGUAGGCGAUGCAUCCGCGGGCAUCGAAUCGGCUCCUGCUGACCCUGUUGUAUCCGUGGAGGACCCUGGGGCUGCGGUGUCGAGCGUGCUAGAACCAAGCCCAGUCGUGGUAGACGAGGUAUCCGAACCUGUGGAGACGGGCACGGUCCCGUCGAGUACCGGCGGGGUUGCGGAGGAGCCAGAGGAUGCGGAAGCCGACGCCAUGGUAUGUUCGGCGUUGGUUGGAGAGGCGACUGCGGCGCCUGUCGCCGAGCCGGUUCUGUCUGGCCCGGUUAAAGGGGCUAAUGCUGUCACCGUGGAGGAGUUGGUGCUAUCUGGCCCGGGUGAUGUAGUGCCGGAGGCUGUGGUGGACGUGGCGACGCCGGUGUCGGAAGUCGAGCCGGUGUCAGAGGUGAGCGAGGUAGCGGCGACGUCGACUGGUACUGAUGCAGAGGAGGCAGACCCGUCUAUUCCACCGCUGGUGGACGAUUUGUCUCCAGCGGGAGCGGAAGAAGCAGAGGUGGCGGAGUUGGACGGUGGUGCGGUCGAAGCGUCGAUCGAGGCGAGUGACGUCGGUGGCACACCCUCCGAGCAAUCCACAUCGGUGGCAGCUGACGAUGCCCCGAUCGAUGUUGUGCCGGAAACUGCGGUGGCGGAGCCGUCUGUGUCCGUGACGGCUGAGGAGAGACCGAAGCAGACUGACGGUGAGAUCGCUGAGGACGUUCCGUCGAGUACCGGUGGAGAUGUGGAUGCCACUGAGGAGGCGCCGGUGGCGGCGGGGUCAGUGUCGGCGCUGGUACCGGCGCUCAAGGAGAGUUCGGCGGCGCAAUCGGCAGAAGCGGCGGCCGCCUCAGUCUUGGACGAGGUACUGCCGUCAGCCACCGACGACUGUUCUCCUACAGCUCCUGCAGAGGCGACGGGGGUUGUAGACGAUGCAUCCCUGGUUGUUGAAUCGGCCACCGUAGACCCUGCCGUAUCCGUGGAGGACCCUGCGGCUGUGGCGUCGAGCUUACCAGCACCACGCCCGGCCGUCGCGGCCGAGGUACCCGAACCGGCGGUAACGGACGUGGUCCCGUCGAGAGUGGAAGCCGACGACGUGCAAUCUUCGGGAGUGGUUGAGAAGGCAACUGCUGUCACCAUGGAGGAGCCGGUGCUAUCUGGCCCGGGUGAUAUAGUGCCGGAGGCUGUGGUGGACGUGUCGACUCCGAUGUUGCAAGUCGAGCCGGUGUCAGAGGUGGACGAGGUAGCGGCGACGACGUCUGGUACUGAUGGUGGCGAUGCAGAUCCAUCUAUGCCAGCGCUCGUUGACAUCUUGUCUCCAACGGGACCGGAGGAAGCAGGGGCGGCGGAGUUGGAUGGUGGUGCGGUCGAAGCGCCGAUCGAGGCGAGUGACGUCGGUGGCACACCCUCCGAGCAAUCCACAUCGGUGGCAGCUGACGAUGCCCCGAUCGAUGUUGUGCCGGAAACUGCGGUGGCGGAGCCGUCUGUGUCCGUGACGGCUGAGGAGAGACCGAAGCAGACUGACGGUGAGAUCGCUGAGGACGUUCCGUCGAGUACCGGUGGAGAUGUGGAUGCCACUGAGGAGGCGCCGGUGGCGGCGGGGUCAGUGUCGGCGCUGGUACCGGCGCUCAAGGAGAGUUCGGCGGCGCAAUCGGCAGAAGCGGCGGCCGCCUCAGUCUUGGACGAGGUACUGCCGUCAGCCACCGACGACUGUUCUCCUACAGCUCCUGCAGAGGCGACGGGGGUUGUAGACGAUGCAUCCCUGGUUGUUGAAUCGGCCGCCGUAGACCCUGCCGUGUCCGUGGAGGACCCUGCGGCCGUGGCGUCGAGCGGUCCUGGACCAUGUCCGGCCGUCGUGGACGAGGUACCCGAACCGGCGGUGACGGACGUGGUGCCAUCGAGUGUGGAAGCCGACGACGUGCCAUAUUCGGAGUUGAUUGUGGAGGCCACUGCUACCGCUGUCGAGGAGCCGGUCCUGUCUGGCACGGGUGAUGUGAUGUCUGAGGAUGUGGGUGACCUGACGAUGCCGGUGUCGGAGGUCGAGCUGGUGUCGGAGGUGGACGAGGUAGCAGCCAUGACGUCUGGUACCGAUGGUGGCGACGUAGACCCGUCCAUGCCAGCCCUCGUUGUCGAUUUGUCUUCAGCGGGAGCGGAGGAAUCAGAGGUGGCGGAGUUGGAUGGUGGUGCGAGCGAAGCGCCGAUCGAGGCGAGUGUCGUCGGUGGCGCAACCUUCGACCAACUCCCUGCGGUGGUAGCGGAAGACGCCCCCAUCGAUGAUGUCCCGGUGACUGCCGUGGCGGAGCCGCCUGUGCCCGCGACGGCUGAGGAGACACCGAAGCAGGCAGACGGCGAGACCGCCGGGGACGUUCCGCCGAGCACGGCUGGAGAUGUGGAUGUCGCUGAGAAGGCGCCGAUGUCGGCGGGGUUGGUGUCCGCGCUGGUAUCGGCGCUCGAGAAGAGUUCGGCGGCGCCGCCGGAGAUGGCGGCGGCCGUCCCAGUCGUGGACGAGGCACUACCGUCAUCCACCGACGACUGUUCUCCCACAGCUCCUGUUAAGACGACGUCGGUUGUCGACGAUGCAUCCGUGGUCGUUGAAGCGGAAGCGGCCGCUGUGGACCCUGCGGCUGCUGCGUCGAGCGUGCCAGAAGCAACUCCGGCCGUUGUGGACGAGGUACCCGUACCGGCGGAGGUGGACGUGGUCCCGUCGAGUUCCGGCGAGGUCACGGAAGAGCGAGACCGCGCUGCCGCCGACGACGUGUCAUCGUCGGCGUUGGCCGCGGAGGUCAUUGCUACCGCCGUCGCCGAGCCCGUGCUGUCUGGCACGGGUGAUGUAGUGCCGGAGGCUGUGGUCGACGUGUCGGCUCCGGUGUCGGAAGUCAAGCCGGUGUCAGAGGUGGGCGAGGUAGCGGGGACGCUGUCUGGUACUGAUGCUGAGGAGGCAGACCCGUCUAUGCCAUCGCUGGUGGACGAUUUGUCCCCGGUCGAUCCGGAGAAAGCAGAUGCGGCGGAGUUGGAUGGUGGUGCUAUCGAGGCGCCGAUCGAGGCGAGUGUCGUCGGAGGCGCAACCUUCGACCAACUCCCUGCGGUGGUAGCGGAAGACGCCCCCGUCGAUGAUGUCCCGGUGAAUGCCAUGGCGGAGCCGUCUGUGCCCGCGCCGGCUGAGGAGCCACCGAAGCAGGCAGACGGCGAGACCGCCGGGGACGUUCCGUCGAGCACGGCUGGAGAUGUGGAUGUCGCUGAGAAGGCGCCGGUGUCGGCGGAGUUGGUGUCCGCGCUGGUAUCGGCGCUCGAGAAGAGUUCGGCGGCGGCACUGGAGGGAGAGGCGGCUGCCUCUGUCGUGGAUGCGGUACUACCGUCAUCCACCGACGACUGUUCUCCCACAGCUCCUGUGAAGACGACGUCGGUUGUCGACGAUGCAUCCGUGGUCGUUGAAGCGGCCGCUGCGGACCCUACGGCUGCUGCGUCGAGCGUGCCAGAAGCAACUCCGGCCGUUGUGGACGAAGUAGCCGAACUGGCGGAGGUGGAUGUGGUCCCGUCGAGUUCCGGCGAGGUCACGGAGGAGCGAGACGGCGCGGCAGCCGACGACGUGUCAUCGUCGGCGUUGGCCGCGGAGGCCAUUGCUGCCGACGUCGCCGAGCCGGUGCUGUCUGGCACUGGUGAUAUAGUGCCGGAGGCUGUGGCGGACGUGACGACUCUGGUGUUGGAAGUCGAGCCGGUGUCAGGGGUGGGCGAGGUAGCGGGGACGACGUCUGGUACUGAUGCUGAGGAGGCAGACCCGUCUGUGCCAUCGGUCGCGCCGAAGGAAACAGAGGCGGUCGAGUUGGAUGGUGGUGCUGUCGAGGCGCUGAUCGAGGCGAGUGUGUGUCGCAAGGAUCUCCAGGUCUCACCCUCCAAUCAACCAAGUUCGGGUUCAGCCGGAGACGCCCCGAUCGAUGCCGUCCUAGUGACUGCUGCGGCUGGGGAGACACCAAAGAAAGCAGACGGCGAGACCGCCGGGGACGUUCCGUCGAGUACAGGUGAAGAUGUAGAUGUCGCUGAGCAGGCGCCGGUGUCGGCAGGGUUGGCGUCCGCGCUGGUAUCGACGCUCGAGGGGAUUAUCGCGGGGCCAACGGAGGAAGAGGCGGCCGCUCCAGUCGUGGAUGAGGUACUACCCUCGGCCACCGACGACGCUGCUAGUACAGCUCCUGCGAAGGCGACGUCCGUUGUAGGCGAUGCAUCCGCGGGCAUCGAAUCGGCUCCUGCUGACCCUGUUGCAUCCGUGGAGGGCCCUGCGGCUGCGGUGUCGAGCGUGCUAGAACCAAGCCCGGUCGUGGUAGACGAGGUACCCGAAUUUGCAGAGACGGGCACGGUCCCGUCGAGUACCGGCGGGGUCACGAAGGACCCGGAGGGUGCAGAAGCCGACGCCAUGCGAUGUUCGGCGUUGGUGGUGGAGGCGACUGCAGCGCCUGUCGCCGAGCCGGUUCUGUCUGGCACUGAUGAUGUGGUGCCGGAGGCUGUGGUGGACGUGGCGACGCCGGUGUCAGAGGUGGGCGAGGUAGCGGCGACGUCAUCUGGUACUGAUGCAGAGGAGGCAGACCCGUCUAUUCCACCGCUGGUGGACGAUUUGUCUCCAACGGGAGCGGAGGAAGCAGAGGUGGCGGAGUUGGAUGGUGGUGCGGUCGAAGCGCCGAUCGAGGCGAGUGACGUCGAUGGCGCACCCGCCGAUCAACCUACAUCGGUGGCAGUCGAAGACUCGCCGAUCGAUGUUGUCCCUGUGACUGUGGAGGAGCUGUCUGUGUCCGCGACGACUGAGGAGAGACCGAAGCAGGCAGACGGCGAGACCGCCGGGGACGUUCCGUCGAGUACAGGUGAAGAUGUGGUCGCCACUGAGGAGGAGCCGGUGUCGGCGGGGUUGGUGUCCGCGCUGGUAUCGACGAUCGAGCAGAGUUCAGCGGCGCCAUCGGAGGCAGAGGCGGCCGCUCCAGUCGUGGAUGAGGUACUACCCUCGGCCACCGACGACGCUGCUACUACAGCUCCUGCGAAGGCGACGUCCGUUGUAGGCGAUGCAUCCGUGGGCGUUGAAUCGGCUCCUGCUGACCCUGUUGUAUCCGUGGAGGACCCUGCGANUGUAGGCGAUGCAUCCGCGGGCAUCGAAUCGGCUCCUGCUGACCCUGUUGCAUCCGUGGAGGGCCCUGCGGCUGCGGUGUCGAGCGUGCUAGAACCAAGCCCGGUCGUGGUAGACGAGGUACCCGAAUUUGCAGAGACGGGCACGGUCCCGUCGAGUACCGGCGGGGUCACGAAGGACCCGGAGGGUGCAGAAGCCGACGCCAUGCGAUGUUCGGCGUUGGUGGUGGAGGCGACUGCAGCGCCUGUCGCCGAGCCGGUUCUGUCUGGCCCGGGUGAUGUGGUGCCUGAGGCUGUGGUGGACGUGGCGGCCCCGGUGUCGGGCAUCGAGCCGGUGACAGAGGUGGGCGAGGUAGCGGCGACGUCAUCUGGUACUGAUGCAGAGGAGGCAGACCCGUCUAUUCCACCGCUGGUGGACGAUUUGUCUCCAACGGGAGCGGAGGAAGCAGAGACGGCGGAGUUGGAUGGUGGUGCGGCCGAGGAGCCGAUCGAGGCGAGUGUACUGACGGCGAGAUCGCUGAGGANCAGGAUUAGGCCGGUACGAAGAAUGCAGACGUUCGGCAUCAGGGACGUCGGUAGCACACCCUCCGAGCAAUCCACAUCGGUGGCAGCUGACGACGCCCCGAUCGAUAUUGUGUCGGAGACUGCUGUGGCGGAACCGUCUGUGUCCGUGACGGCUGAGGAGACGCCGACGCAGACUGACGGCGAGAUCGCUGAGGACGUUCCGUCGAGUACCCGUGAAGAUGUGGAUGCCACUGAGGAGGCGCCGGUGGCGGCGGGGUCAGAGUCGGCGCUGGUAUCGGCGCUCGAGGAGAGUUCGGCGGCACCAUCGGCGGAAGAGGCGGCCGCCCCAGUCUUGGACGAGGUACUGCCGUCAGCCACCGACGACUGUUCUCCUACAGCUCCUGCAGAGGCGACGGGGGUUGUAGACGAUGCAUCCCUGGUCGUUGACGUUGCGGCCGUAGACCCUGCCAUGUCCGUGGACGACCCUACGGGCGUGGUGUCCAGCGGUCCUGAACCAUGUCCGGCCGUCGUGGACGACGUGACCGAACCGGCGGUGACGGACGUGGUCCCAUCGAGAGUGGAAGCCGACGACGUGCCAUCUUCGGCGUCGGGUGUGGAGGCCACUGCUACCGCUGUCGAGGAGCCGGCCCUGUCUGGCACGGGUGAUAUAGUGCCGGAGGCUGUAGUCGUCAUGACGGCUCCGGUAUUGGAAGUCAAGCCGGCGGUAGAGGCGGGCACGGUAGCGGCGACGACCUCUAAUGCUGGCGUUGAGGAGGCAGACCCGUCUUUGCCAGCGCUCGUGGACGGUUUGUCUCCAACGGGAGCGGGGGAAGCAGAAGCGGCGGAGUCGAAUGGUGGUGCGGGCGAAGCGCCCAUCGAGGCGAGUGUCGUCGGUGGCGCACCCUCCGACCAACUNUGCGUGCAAUUUCUGCAGGAACUCGAGGCCUCACCCUCCGAUCAACCGAGUUCGGGUUUGGCAGGAGACGCCCCCAUCGAUGAUGUCCCGGUGACUGCCGUGGCGGAGCCGUUUGUGCCCGUGACGGCUGAGGAGACACCGAAGCAGGCAGACGGCGAGACCGCCGGGGACGUUCCGUCGAGCACGGCUGGAGAUGUGGAUGUCGCUGAGAAGGCGCCGGUGUCGGCGGGGUUGGUGUCCGCGCUGGUAUCGGCGCUCGAGAAGAGUUCGGCGGCGCCACCGGAGAUGGCGGCGGCCGUCCCAGUCGUGGACGAGGCACUACCGUCAUCCACCGACGACUGUUCUCCCACAGCUCCUGUGAAGACGACGUCGGUUGUCGACGAUGCAUCCGUGGUCGUUGAAGCGGAAGCGGCCGCUGUGGACCCUGCGGCUGCUGCGUCGAGCGUGCCAGAAGCAACUCCGGCCGUUGUGGACGAGGUACCCGAACCGACGGACGUGGACGUGGUCCCGUCGAGUUCCGGCGAGGUCACGGAGGAGCGAGACGGCGCGGCAGCCGACGACGUGUCAUCGUCGGCGUUGGCCGCGGAGGUCAUUGCUACCGCCGUCGCCGAGCCCGUGCUGUCUGGCACGNUCACGGAGGAGCGAGACGGCGCGGCAGCCGACGACGUGUCAUCGUCGGCGUUGGCCGCGGAGGUCAUUGCUACCGCCGUCGCCGAGCCCGUGCUGUCGGGCACGGGUGAUGUAGUGCCGGAGGCUGUGGUCGACGUGACGGCUCCGGUGUCGGCAGUCGAGCCGGUGUCAGAGGUGGGCGAGGUAGCGGGGACGCUGUCUGGUACUGGUAGUGACGACGCAGACCCGUCCAUGCCAUCGCUGGUGGACGAUUUGUCCCCGGUCGAUCCGGAGGAAGCAGGGGCGGCGGAGUUGGAUGGUGGUGCUGCCGAGGCGCCGAUCGAGGCGAGAGACGCCCCCAUCGAUGAUGUCCCGGUGACUGCCGUGGCGGAGCCGUUUGUGCCCGUGACGGCUGAGGAGACACCGAAGCAGGCAGACGGCGAGACCGCCGGGGACGUUCCGUCGAGCACGGCUGGAGAUGUGGAUGUCGCUGAGAAGGCGCCGGUGUCGGCGGGGUUGGUGUCCGCGCUGGUAUCGGCGCUCGAGAAGAGUUCGGCGGCGCCACCGGAGAUGGCGGCGGCCGUCCCAGUCGUGGACGAGGUACCACCAUCAUCCACCGACGACUGUUCUCCCACAGCUCCUGCAGAGGCGACGUCCGGUGCAGACGAUGCAUCCGUGGUCGUUGAAGCGGCCGCUGUGGACCCUGCGGCUGCUGCGUCGAGCGUGCCAGAAGCAAUCCCGGCCGUCGCGAACGAGGUACCCGAACCGGCGGACGUGGACGUGGUCCCGUCGAGUUCCGGCGAGGUCACGGAGGAGCGAGACGGCGCGGCAGCCGACGACGUGUCAUCGUCGGCGUUGGCCGCGGAGGCCACUGCUACCGUCGUCGCCGAGCCGGUGCUGUCUGGCGCUGGUGAUGUAGUGCCGGAGGCUGUGGUCGACGUGUCGGCUCCGGUGUCGGAAGUCGAGCCGGUGUCAGAGGUGGGCGAGGUAACGGGGAGGUUGUCUGGUACUGGUAGUGACGACGCAGACCCGUCUAUGCCAUCGCUGGUGGACGAAUUGUCCCCGGUCGAUCCGGAGGAAGCAGAGGCGGCGGAGUUGGAUGGUGGUGCUGCCGAGGCACCGAUCGAGGCGAGAGACGGCGCGAUCGAUGUUGACCCUGUGACUGCGUCGGCUGAGCAGACACCGAAGCAGGCAGACAGCAAGACUGCCGAGGACCUUCCGUCGAGUACGGCUGGAGAUGUGGAUGCCCCGCAGAAGGCGCCGGUGGCAGCGGGAUUGGUGUCCGCGCUGAUAUCGGCGCUCGAGGAAAGUUCAGCAGCACCACCGGAGGAAGAGGCGGACGCUCCAGUGGUGGAUGAGGUACUACCGUUUGGCAUCAACGACUGUUCUCCUACAGCUCCUGUGGAGACGACGUCGGUUGUCGACGAUGCAUCCGUGGGCGUUGAAGCGGCGCCUGUCGCUGAAUCCGUCGAGGACAUGUUGGCCCCCGUCUCGAGCGUAUCAAAACCUAGCCUGGUCGUCGUAAACGAGGUACCCGAACCGGCGGUGGGGGACGUGGUCCCACCGAGUUCCGGCCAGGUCACGGAGGAGCCAGACGACGCGGCAGCCGACGACGUGCCAUCUUUGGCGUUGACUGCAGAGGCCACUGCUGCCGCGGGAACCGAGCCGGUCCUGUCUGGCACUGGUGAUGUUGUGCUAGAGGCUGUGGCCGACGUGACGACUCCGGUGUUGGAAGUCGAGCCGGUGUCAGAGGUGGGCGAGGUAGCGGGGACGAUGUCUGGUGCUGGUGGUCACGACGCAGAUCCGUCAAUGCCACCGCUGUUGGAUGAUUUGUCUCCAACGGGACCGGAGGAAACAGAGGAGGCGGAGUUGGAUGGUGGUGCGGGCAAGUCGCCGAUCGAGGGCUUGAUAUCCUCGGUCUACCGCCUGCCGCUCUGUAUGACCCGGAACGGUUGUUCUGCUCAGGAUGUUGGCGGCGUACCCUGCGAGCAGCCCGCUUCGUUCGCAGCAGACGACGCCCCGAUCGAUGUCGUUCCGGAGACUGCUGUGGCGGAGUCGUCUGUGUUCGCGACGGCUGAGCGGACACCGAAGCAGGCUGACGACGAGACCCCUGGGGACGUUCCGUCGAGCACGGCUGGAGAUAUGGAUACCACUGAGAUGGCGCCGGUGUCGGCGGGGCUGGUGUCUGCGCUGGUAUCGGCGCUCGAGAAGAGUUCCGCGGCGCCACCGGAGGAAGAGGCGGCCGCCCCAGUCGUGGACAAGGUACUACCGUUAACCACCGAAGAUCGUUCUGCUGCAGCUCCUGUGGAGACGUCCGUUGUAGAUGCUGCAUCCGUGGGCGUUGAAGCGGCCGCUGUGGACCCUGCCAUGUCCGUGGAGGUUACAGUGGCUGAGGUGUCCAGCAUAUUGGCACCAAGUCCGGCCGUCGUAGACGAGUCCCCCGAACCGGCGGUGGCGGACUUGGUUCGGACGAACCCCGGCGGGAUCGCGGAGAAGCCAAGGGACACUGAAACCGACGGCUUGCCAACUUUGGCGUUGGUUACAGAGGCAAAUGCUGUCACCGUGGCCGAGCCGGUUCUGUCUGGCCCGGAUGAUGUGGUGCCGGUGACUGUGGUCGACGUAGCGACGCCGGUAUUGGAAGCCGAGGCUGUGGCGGAGGUGGGCGAGGAUAUCGGCGGCGCAGCCUCCGAGCAGCCCACAUCGGUGGCAGCAGACGACGCCCCCAUCGAUGUUGACCCGGUGACUGCUGUGGUGGAGCCGUCUGUGCCCGCGAUGGCUGAGGAGACACCCCAGCAAGCAGACGGCAAGACCGCCGGGGACAUUCCGUCGAGCACGGCUGGAGAUGUGGAUGUUGCUGAGAAGGCGCCGGUGUCGGCGGGGUUGGUGUCGGCGCUGGUAUCUGCGCUCGAGAAGAGUUCAGGGGCGCCGCCGGAGGCAGAGGCGGCCGCCCCAGUCGUGGACAAGGUACUACCGUCAUCCGCCGCCGACGGUUCUACUGCAGCUCCUGCAGAGAAGACGGGCGUUGUAGACGAUACAACCGUGAUCGUUGAAGCGGUACCUGUGGACUCUGUGGACCCUGUGGACCCCGUUGUGUCUGCGGAAGACGCAGCGGCUGCGGCGUGGAGCGUACCAGAGCCUGUGUCAGAGUUGGGCGAGGUAGCGGCGACGGCGUCUGGUACUGCUGGUGACGAGGCGGACUCGUCUAUGCCAGCGCUCGUGGACGAUCUGUUUCCGGUGGGACCGGACGAAGCAGAGGCGGUGGAGUUGGAUGGUGGUGCGGGCGAGUCGCCGAUCGAGGCGAGUGACGUCGUUUGCGUACCCUCCGGGCAACCCGCUACGGUGGAAGCCGGAGACGCGCCGAUCUCCCUCGUUCCGGAGACUGCUGUGGUGGUGGAGCCUUCUGUGGCGGUGACGGCCGAGGAGAGACCGAAGCAGGCAGGCGGAGAGACUGCCGGGGACGUUCCGUCGAGUACCGGUGGCGAUGCGGAUGCCACUGAGAAGGCGCCGGUGUCGGUGGGGUUGGUGUCCGCGCUGGUAUCGGCGCUCGAGAAUCGCUCCGCGACGCCACCGGAGGAAGUGGCGGCCGCCCCAUCAGUGGACAAGGUACUACCGUCAGCCACCGAAGACCGUUCUCCUACAGAACCUGUGAACACGACGUCUUUUGCAAACGAUACAACCGUGGUCGUUGAAGCCGCACCUGUGGACCCUGCUGUGUCUGCGGAAGACGCAGCGGCUGCGGCGUCGAGCGUGUCAGAACCAACUCCGGCCGUCGUAGACGAGUCCCCAGAACCGGUGGUGACGGACGUGGUCCCGUCAAGUACCGGUGGGGUCACGGAGAAACCGGAGGACGUGGAAGCCGACAAGGUGCCAUCUUCGGCGUUGGUUGCAGAGGCAAAUGCUAUCGCCGUCGAAGAGCCGGUGCUGUCUGGACCGGGUGAGGUUGUGCCGGUGGCUGUGGUGGAUGUAGCGACGCCGGCGUUGGAGGUCGAGGCUGUCGCAGAGUUGGGCGAAGCGGCGGCGACGGCGUCUGGUACUGAUGGUGAUGAUGUCGACCCGUCUAUGCCAGCGCUCGUGGACGAUGUGUCUCCGGUGGGACCGGAGGAAUCACAGGCGGCGGAGUUGAAAGGUGGUGCGGGCGAGGCGCCGAUCGAGGUUGCCGCUGCUACCGAUGGCGAGGGAGACACUCCGAUCGUGGAGACUCAUGUAGCCGACGACCCUGCGGCAAUGGAAGCAGAAACACUCGACGCGCCAUCGAAGGUCCUCGAGGAGAACCCCUUUACCCCCGUGCCGGCUUCAGUUGCAUCUCCCAAGGAGACCGGGGGAACAGAGGGAAAAAAGCCGGUACAGCCACUCCCUAGGUUGUUCGGGUGGGGCAAGAAGAGUAGAUCGGAGGACCUCAACACUCUUCCCAUCGCGAAUGCCGGAACCGGCGUCGUGAAGCCCGACCCGACCGGUGCUUUGAGAACCGCAGGCGAGCAGUCGGAGACACCCUUGGACACUGAAACGGGACAGGGACCCGAGAAGCCUUUAGUCCUCGUGGCGAUGGGAUCAGAUGAAACUCCGACCCCUGCUGCUGCUGUUGAAGGAGUUGUCGACAUGAACGCACUCGAACCUGGUGUUCUUGUCGGCGGUGGUCUUCCUAGUCUCGGGACAGAUGGACCUGGGGUUUUGGUAGAAGAGGACACUCAUGGACCGGAGGCAAGUGACGAGAGUUCCGUUGCACCGGCUGCUGGACCCGAAGGCACUAUCAAACAGCCCAUUGUAAUGGCCGAGGGAGACGUGCCGAUGCCCUCUGGCUCGCAUGACCAAGUGGAUAAAUCCAAGGAGUCAGCGAAUGUGGCUGGAACGGUGAGGCUUCUGGAGGAGACAGCAGUCGAUGCACAGGCGACAGGAAGUGUGGUGCCGGGCGAGGUAGAAAUGCCGUCGGCGGUGGCGGACGGUCAGGGUGAGCCCAAACCAAGCAAGAAGAAGAAGAAAGGUUUCUCUCUGCAGAAGCUGUUCGGUUGGGACAAGGGCAAGCCGCGUUCCGGCGUCGAAAACGAAUCUCCUGCAGCGAGCGGCGAACAGCCAUCCGCCACCGCACCGACGGCCGUGGGGGACGUCGCCACGACUGACAAGGCCGCGAUGAGUCCUACCGUAGCGGUGGAUGGAGCAACCACGCGUAAGCCGGAAAGGCCUGUCACGACUACGUCGUUCGUUGCUUGCGAACAAGCUUCAGAUGCGACCGAGGCGGUUUCGGAGUCCAUCAAAACAGCAGCCGACCAGAUCGCGCCGGAUGUAGCGAAGAAGGAAGAGGCCGAAAAGCCCUAUUCUGCCGAGGCUUGUGACAAGACAUUCGCAGGUGGAGCGCAGCUUGAGCAGCCCAUUCUACCUGUCGUGGACAGAUCGCCCACCCCGGCGACCACAGACGUCUACAAUCUCAAGGUACAGGUUGGGCCGGAGCACGGGUUCCCCGUGGUGGCCUUGGACCAACCGGUAGCGGAGCUAUCGCCGCUCGCCCGCCACUUCCCGGAUUUUGCCCCGAAAGCUGGCAAGCCCGUCGUUGACGGUGACGGGAUAGAUGCGGCUACCUUAGCGACGAGCGCCCCCCCCCUGGUUGGCCCUGGCGCUGACGAGAAGGAACAACUUAAGGGAUUAGCUCCAGUAUCACUCGCUCAAGAGGCUGCAAAGUCUGAGGAGAUUUUCCUGGACUCGGCUGCCGGAAAGCCGGCAACACCGGAUGCUGAUUUUAGAAUCACCGCGAGCCCGCCGACCUUGCCCGUGUCCUCCGUUGUUUACAAGCCACCGUCUUCGGUGGGUAAGGACGCGUCCGGUGGCGACGUGUGUGGAAUCACGAAUGAAGGAAAAGCUGACACUACGGCGGCGUUCGGCGUGGUUGACAUGUCUGAAAUGAUGGCGACAGAGGAGAUGGUGGACCCUUCUGCUUCGAAAGCGGAGGGAGCGACAGCGCCGCACAGUGGCCCUGCUGCCGAAGCGGCACCGGCCGCGGCCGGCCGUGCUGCACGGCCAAGCCAACCGCCUGGGCGGAAGGGACACGCCGUAGCGUUUGAUGAUGAUGCUGCUGCCGCUCCUCCACCAGAGGGGGCACCUCAUACGCCGGGGACUACCGGAGAGGCAAGCGCGGCAGAGGCAAGCGCGGCAGAGACCAGCCUUUACGCCGUUUCCCCCCCGGGGAGCAAAGACACGAUGAACGUGUGCUCUCCCAACAAACAGGGUUGCGUGAUCAGCUAGUUCUUUUCGACGCUUGCGUUAUUUUUGGUUGUCCCUGCGUAGAUAAAUCAAUAUUCAUAUACUUUGCUCAACGGGGUGGCUCGCGCGUAAAAAGUCGUCCACACCUGUACGUGCAUUCGUAUUUCCUUGGGGUGCCUGCGGACCCUCUCGUCCUGCCGCACUCGACGGAUCCUUGAUGAGGUAUUUCUUAUUUCGCUUUCGGUGUCGUUCCUUGCCUGACAGUAUCCUUUGAUUGGGGUAUAUAUUCGAACGGAUAGGUUCUCUGUGAUGUAUAGUCUAAGUAACUCGGGGCGGUAAUUUUUGGAAGAUGUGCCCGAACGGCAGAGGUAGCAGAGAAAACAACUCGGUAUCUCUUGGUAUUUGCUGUACGAGAUACAUGAUGACAUGUAGAAGUACAUACAUGCAGCAACGAGCAGAUGGUCGGCGGUUAAGGUGUCAGGUACGUAUCGCAUGGGUUGUGGCGGGCAGUGGGUAAUCGUGCUUGUGGAGAAUGUUUUCUGUGGUUUGGUGCUCGCUGCUGCCGGCUCUGUUGGCGGGCGAAGUGAGUCAGAAAGAAGGGAACCCCUCUCUCACCCCGCUUAUCCCCACCACGACAUGCAUGCGAGGUUUUUUUUUUGAACGGGGGAAGACGGAGAGAGUCACCUGGACGGAGAUAAGUUGUGUUUGUUGUGUGGACUGUUUUCGCCUUCAUUUUUCAUCUGGUCUUGAUUUUCUUGGAAGGUGACACGCACUAAAGGUGGCCCGUUGUCCUUACCAAAGUUUCUGUCUAGGGAAAUGCGUUUGUGGCAUGCUUGCCACCUUGAUGAGAGACUUGGUUAGUCUCCUUCUCAGAUCGGAUUAUUAAUUUUGUUGCAUGACGAGUCCACCCGCGGCGGCAGAAGGACCUCGCUGAAGGAUACCCUACCCCAUCAGGGAGGUAUAUCUCUAGAAUGAUGGCAGGAACCGCGCUGAGUGCAGGAUGGGAGGGAUGAAGGAGCUGCUAUAUAGGGAGGAAUGG